AUGGGAACUAUAGAAGAAUAUGAAAGUUUGAAGACUGAAUUGAUAAAAUUCCAAAGUAAGCUACAAAGCUAUAACGUCUCGAAGAAAGAAGAGAUUGAAACAAGUAAGAAGAAUUAUUUAAGUAACCUAAGAAUGUUAAAGAAUGAAGAAAUUGAAUUAUUAAGAAAUAUAGAAGAUUUGAAUAAUAAACAACAACAAAUUCAAUUAGAUUAUAAAGCAGAUAGUGGUAAGCUAGCUACCAAUGAAAAUAUGAUUAAUAAUUUGAAAAUACAGCAACAGAACUUCAUUAACGAAAAAUCAACAUUAGAAGAAGAUAACAAUUUUUUACAACAAAAGAUUGAUGAAUUGAAUGAUAUAAUAGAUAAAACACGAGAUGAGUUAAUAUUAAAUGGUAGAACGGACGUAGAGGAAGUCAUUAAGUAUCAAAAGUAUUUGGGAUUAUCAGUACAACGAUUGAGUGAUGGGAUUUUGAGGUUCAUAUUCAUAAAUAUUGAUAGUAAUGAUCUAGAUAGAGAAUUCUUCAUAGAUAUACAGAUUGAUGAAGUUUGCAGAAUAGUUAAUAGUGAACCUCGUAUUGAUAUGGCAUAUGUGGAAGACCCUUUAACUUCCAAUGAUGCAUUCAAAAAGAUUCUUAAAACUGCUAGGCAAUUAUUUAAAGAUACUUUAGCUUAA